AUGUACAGGUUCAUUUUGAUGAUGGAUAAACAAGCAACUGCUAGAUCAUCUACCAUUUUCCCCUCGGAUGCUGUUAAAGGACAUAUGAAGAAGAAGGAUAGAACAUUACAAGCUGCAAAAUGGAAUGCUUCUUUAGCAUCUAAAAUCAAAACUAAAUUAAUAAAUAACUCAUCUAUGUUUAAAGUAUCUUUAAAACAAAACAAUAAAGCAUUAGCUGUGGCUUUGAGUACAGAGAAAGAAAAUUCUCGGAAGCUAAAGAAUGAGAAGAUUUUUCUUCAGAAGGAAGUAGAAAAGCUGCAGCUUCAUAAUAUCUUGCUUCGUCGAAAACUAAACUGUUUGAAUAAAACUCUUAUAGAAAUAGAAGCAUUUUUGAAUUAUAACCUCUUAACUGCAAUAGAAAUAAGCAGUCUUUCUGAGAAUCUUCAGAGUUCUCUUCCUCUGUCACCUGGUCCAAGUAGCUCUACUGAUGACCAGUUCAGGAGUACAUGUCAGUCAGCUAGAUAUGUGGAAUUGCCAGUGAAGCUUCCUUUAAUCGCAACAGCUAAUACAAAACAGCAAGAUAGCCCUUCUGUGUGUGAAAUACCAAAUUCUUAUAGGUGUACCACUGUUUUGUCAAAGGAAACGCAUUCAGGUCAAAUCAAGUUUGCAUUGUCGUUGCCUUCUAGUACAAAUAAUCAGAAGUUAAUUGAAAAUGACCCAGUGGAAACGACCGUUGACGGAAAUAUAUUUUUAAAAGAAAAUCAGUUAUGCACAGAACUAAGUUGCAGUAGUGCUUUCCUGACUCGUGUCAAGAAUACACAAUCUUUAAGACAAUCUGAGGAGCUUACAAAACAAUAUAAUGAUAGUUCAUUGCCAUUCCGUGGAAAUGUGACAGAAAGAAAGAAACAUGCAGUACUUUAUAAGUCAAAACCUCAACCUAAUAUAAAUGAUUUUGAUAAAAAAUGUAGCUCAAGUAAUCUGCCUCAUGGUAUCAACAGCAGCAGCAACCCCGAUGACAUGAAUUUGCAGGAAAGUUCAAGUGACUUGUCUUGCAUUAUUCUUUCACCUCUUAAAUUUAGCAAUGAAAGUAAGAUAGAUUUUAAGAAGCUGCAUUUUACUGACAAGAUGAAGCCCGAAGAAACUGUUUAUGAUGCUGAUAUGGAGUUGACUGCCAGUGAUGCAGGUGAACUACUCGCAGUUACAUCGAAAGACAAAGAUAAAUUGCACAGAAAUAGAAAUAGUAAUGCCAAUUCUGAUAAAAUGUUCUCAAAUUUCAGAAAAGUAAAAUAUUCUAAGAAGGAUAAAGAGAAAAUUAAAAGCAAGACCGAAGGCAAUUCAAGUUUGUAUACAGAAGACAGGAACACUAGGGCUGACAGUAGUGAAGUUGCAAAAACUACUGACUCACAAACUCAACUAUUCCAAAGUCAGACAGAACAGCUACCUACAGGAAAUUCUGUAGGGCAACAGAGUUUGCUACAUACCAGCAAAUACCAUCAAGCAGAAAAUUCUCUAAGUAAAGCUAAAGAUUCUAGCAGGACAUACCAGGUUAACUUAAUGAGUCCAAGAAAAGGGGAGACAAAUAAAGAAACUUUCUCAGAAAUGUUUAAAGACCUGGAGAGCAAAAUACAAAAAGCAGACUCAAACUCAUCUAUCAAUAAGAUCCCACCAGAAGUUCAUUGUGCUGAAAAUUUACCAUUGCAGGAUAACGCUUCUAAUGUAUUGCCUUUACAGUGGGACUUUCUGCAUACAAAUGAGAAACAUAGCAGACCAAAAAUAAACAGGAAAGCUUUUCAAAACCCUUCUAAAAUUGGCACAGCAAAAUACUGUAGAGAGGAAAAUGGGCAGUUUGGAGAAUACAUUUCAAAAAAGUCUCAAACAGAGAUAAGCCAACAUGACAGCAAGAGAAAACAAGACCAGAAGAAUAUUAUAAAGAGAAAAUACAACAAAAAAAGUAGUUACAAACAAAGUGGAGAAACUGAAAGUGACAGCAUUCAUAAAAUUACUCAGAAAGUAGACCAAAAGAGAAGCCAUUUUUCGCCAGGCAGAUUAAAAUGUUCAUUGGCAAAGGCUAGCCGGAAAGCAUAUAUAAUACCAACAGAAAAUCUUACACAGUUCUCACUUUGUAAAAAUGAAGAACUGAAAAAUAAGGAUGCAUUGCAUACAGAGGCUGUUCGUGGAAAUAGAGUAACUGAAACUCAGCAAAUGGAAGUAGCUUUAGUUACUCAGGAUGCUGUAGCUAUGAAUAGACCACAAGCUAAAGAACAAGUUGAUGAUGAUGCUAAUAUGUUAAAGGAAGUAGAUUCCUCAUCAGUGGCACAUGAAAACUCUCACAUUAGUAGUUUUCCUGAUAAUCAGGUAAAGCACAAACAGAGGUUUAAUUCUGAUAUUACUGAGACCAGACCAGAAAAAAAAUAUUUCAGGCAUAUUGAUCAGGAGGAGCAGAAUAUUUUGGAUGACCAGGAAGUCCCUCAUGAGAUAGAUUCCUCUAUGAGCAAGUUAAAGUCUACAGUUCAAAAAUCAGAAUUUUUAAAAUUCCUACCUGUUGAAUGUUCUAAGAAUAUGCCAUUAAAUGUGGAUAGCUUUUUCCAGGAAGGUCUUUCCAAUGUAGAGCUCCCAGCUCUUGAUAACCACAGUGCUUCUGUGAACUUUUCUGUAUGGAAAAAGUCUGAAAUCUGUGGAGAAAAUUAUCCUAAUAAAGCACUGGAUGCUGGAAAAGCAGAACAGAAACUGGAUCAUAUUUCUAAAGAGACUUACAAAAACACUCUGACACCUUGUCGUGGGAGAAAGGCUUUGCAAGAUCUGACAAAUAGUAGUCUAUGCUCUCACACUUCCUUACCUAAAUCCCCCAAAACUUUAGAAGAAAACUCAGCAGUACCAUCUAGACGAGGAAGAGGCGCUAUUUGCUACAAAGAACCCAAACUAAACAGCAAAUUAAGGCGUGGGGAUCAGUUUACAGAUACACAAUUUCUGGAUUCCCCAGUCUAUAAAGUAAAAAAUAAGAGAAGUUUUAAAAGUAAAUCAAAAUUUAUUUGA